UUCCCCGGCGUUCGGAACUGGCCGCCACGCCUCGCUGUGGCAACCGUUUGCUGCCUAGACGCGGCCACCGCGCCGUCGCCUCCAGGGAGAAAGGUGCGUAGAGUGUGGAUGGGUUUUUAUGUUCGCGGUCUUCUGGAUUGGAGCUGAAGCUAAAUUCCAGAAAUUACGUGCUUCCCUGCCAUGCAUUCUCCUCCCCGACAUGGUGCUGCACCAGACGUCCAGACCCAUGGAUAUGGGGGCGCCACGGCGGCAGGCAGGCCCCCAAUGGCUUUGCCAUAGUUCUCUCUGGCCUCUACACCAUUAGGCCCCACGAUUUCCCACGAUCUCUCCAUCCCCGCUGCAUCCUCUUCUUGCAUCUACUAUGUUCUAUGGAUGCACAUAAGGUGUUCGACGCUUGUCCUGGUGACCUGGUUCGUCUACACACGCGAUGAUUGUUUGGUAAUUUGCGCGUUCCAACAGGGGUUGCUGCAGAGUGGACGGGCUAUGACGUGAUUGAUUCCUAGAGAACAUGUGGAAUCUAACUGAUUUUGUAUGCCUCUGAGAAAAACCUUGCAACUGUCCGUUGCUGUUAAAAACAAACUGGACUUUCUCCUCAGAAGUGGAUUCUCGGUUUCUGAAUUUCUGUCUUUGUUCACUUCGCUUAUCAUUUCUAUUUUGAUUCUUAACCAAAUAAACUCGCUUUCUUUUCAUUUUGCUACUUGCCUAUGCUGAAAAUUUGCACCUACAUAACAAUACCGCUUUAAUUCCAGAGCUUGUGAGCUUGGUGAAUUGGUUAGUCUUACUGGCUUAUCAGUCUUGUGGAAGGAGGGAAAGCCUACAAUCUACAUCUCUUUUGACCUCUGCUCCUUUCGUAACCAUAUCACUUUUCCUUACUGAUCAUUAUUUACGAUUUGACAUAUAGAGGUGGCUUUUCUGACUGAGCUGAUUGCACCACACAAACAUGAAAUUCCACAAUAGCUUCCUCUACAUUUUGAUGGAUGCAUCAAGACUGUCAGAGAUUGCUAGAGGCAGCGCAAUGGAAAGCUAGCUGGAGAAAACAAAUUGUGGAGGUUGCCCCUGCUUGCUAGGCUUCCUGCCCUUUUUGCUGGGCACUAGUGCUAACCUUUUUCCUUUUUUUUUUGCUUCCCUUCUUUUCCACUGGUUUUGCUUAUUCCGUUUGUUUUGUUUCUCCUUAGCUUUGGCUCCUUGUAAGUUUCCGUUCCUUCUUGGUUGUCUUUUUCGAAUACAGAAUCACGUUAUUUAGAUGUGUGUUUUGAGUUCUUUUAUAUGAGUUUCUGUUUCAGUUUUAAGCUUGCAAGCUUGAUGAAUCAGAUAGUCUUACUGGCUUUAAUGGGAAAUCAGCCAGUCUCGAAGGAGGGAAAGCCUACACUGGACAGGUCUACAUCCAAUUCACCCCGGUCCUUCAGUAACCAUCACAUUUCCUCCGCGAUCCUUGAUUUCAUUUAUAGGCAUGACUUUUCUGACUGGCGUGAUUUUCAAUCUUAGGUAACUUUUGUGAUUGCGCCACAUGAACAUAAAAUUCCAUGUUAACCUUUUUUUUUCUCUACAUCUGAUUUAUUGUCAUUUCCUGUAACAUCAUUGGAAUAUUCAACGUUUGAAAUUAUGCCACACCUUCAACUACAUGGCACAAGGCAUCACAUUAGUCACUUUCACACUCCUUUUUCUCUUACUCGUGAUAUGGAGAUAUUUGUCUUUACACGUAAAAGUUUUUUAUUUAGCAUUUCCCCACUUAGGGUAGUGAAUUUAAUGUAUAUAAAUGUGCAUAAUGCAUUAGCAUGUCUCGCAAAAAUCAUUGGCCAACCAGCGAGCACCACAUGGCAUAACCCACCGGUAGCCCAGUCUUUCCCCCUUAAUGGGUUUAAUGCGACCCUUUUUUCUCUGGACAUCUAACUUAUUGUCUUUGUGCUGUAACAUCAUUGGGACAUUUCAACGUUUGAAAUUAUGUCUUUCCCCCUUAAUGAGUUACCAGUGAUAUUAGCAAUAUGUGGUCCUGGUGAAAAAGAAGUCAUAAAUAAGUGGUUGCCAGUGUCCAAUAUUUUCAUUGGCCGACCUGGAGAGUGACAAGCAUUAUCGCUAUUUAACGAGUUGCACACAAGGAGAGGAGUGCAGAAUACAACAAUUAACGACCUACCACUCCACCCCACCUUCACCUCCUUGCUCAACCAUGAAGAUAUGGCAGCUUGUGAUGAUCCAUCUUCUCACUCAUACCCUCCUUUUCUUCACACCCAGCUCUCAGCCCACGAACAACCAAACUAGCAACUACGGCGUCGAUCUCCCUGUGCUCCUAUCAUUCAAAUCCUUCAUAACAAGUGACCCUACACGGGCACUGUCCUCUUGGUCUUGGGACCCUGUCGGCAACGGCACGAGCACGGCGUCAUUGCCUGUCUACUGCGAGUGGGUGGGCGUAGCAUGCAGCAACCGCCGGCACCCUGGCCAUGUCACUGCCAUACGCCUGCAGGGUAUCGGCCUGGCCGGCACCAUCUGCCCGCAGCUCGGUAACCUGACUCACCUCCGUGUCCUCGAUCUUUCAGCCAACAACCUGGCAGGUGAGAUCCCAGGCAGCCUAGGUCGUUGUACAUCACUUCAUGCCUUGGAUCUGGGGGUGAACUACCUCUCUGGUUCCAUGCCUGCUUCUCUGGGUCUCCUAUCAAAGCUUACAUUUCUCAACGUCACCCAUAACAAUCUGACCGGUGAUAUUCCUAUGCCAUUCUCCAACCUCUCAGCCCUUUCAAACCUUAGUAUGUCAAGCAACCACUUCCAUGGCCAAAUCCCAAGCUGGCUGGGCAACCUGACAUCAUUGACACACUUGGAAUUAGCCCAAAACGGCUUGACUGGCCAUGUUCCUCCAGGUUUAGGUAAGAUGACUAAUCUUGUUAAAUUUGAUAUUCAUGAUAACAAACUGGAAGGCCCUUUUCCUCCAUCCAUGUUCAAUAUUUCUUCCAUCACACUCUUGGACAUCGGCUUCAACCAGCUAUCAGGAUCUCUGCCACUUGAUAUUGGCUUUAAGCUUCCAAAGAUAAAUGUUUUGGCCACACAUGUGAACCAAUUCAAAGGACCAAUACCAGCCUCCUUGUCAAAUGCAUCCUCACUUAAAUAUUUGCUUCUUCGUGGAAAUCAGUAUCAUGGUCUGAUUCCACGGGAUAUUGGCAUACAUGGUCGUUUCAGGUCAUUUUCAUUAGGCCACAAUGUGCUUCAAGCCACAGAGCCUAGGGAUUGGGAUUUCCUCACAUCCUUAACCAACUGUAGCAAUUUGGGAAUACUAGACCUUGAACAAAACAACCUUGAAGGCGUUAUGCCAGUUACCAUUGCCAACCUAUCUAAAGAGCUCAAAUGGAUUGCUCUAGGUAGAAACAAAAUAGCUGGGACCAUACCUGCAGGAUUAGUGGCGUUUCAAAAACUUACCAUGCUCAUUCUCGCAGAUAGCCUUUUCACAGGCACCUUACCUCUAGAUAUUGGCCAGCUUCCUAGCCUCCAGUACCUUGACCUAUCCCAUAAUAGAUUUGAUGGGAAGAUACCACAAUCAUUAGGCAAUAUCACGCAAUUGAGCAAUCUCUCUCUAUCUAAUAACUUUCUGGAUGGCAGCAUUCCAGCAAGCCUUGGCAAUCUAACAAAACUGACAUCUCUGGAUCUGUCCAGUAACUCCUUGAAGGGGGGAAUCCCACAGGAGAUACUUAGUAUUCCCUCUCUGACGGUACUUCUCAACCUCUCCAACAAUGCUCUAAGUGGCUCCAUUCCAACACAGAUAGGGAACUUGAAUAGCCUCAGCACAAUCGACCUAUCAAUGAACAAGCUCUCUGGUGAAAUCCCAGACGCUGUCAGCAGCUGCGUCCAACUAAAUUCCCUAUAUUUGCAAGAAAAUCUUUUGGAGGGACAAAUACCCAAAGGUUUUUCUUCUUUGAGAGGACUCGAAAAUCUGGAUCUUUCCAAUAAUAACUUAGCAGGAGCCAUACCUGACUUCCUCCAAACUUUUGAGCUCCUAACGUAUCUAAACCUUUCUUUCAACAACCUAUCUGGUCCAGUGCCAAAUACAAGGAUCUUUGGCAAUGCCACUAUAGUGUCGCUUGCUGGUAAUAGCAUGCUAUGUGGAGGUCCUCCAUUUUUGAAACUCCCUUCAUGCCCAUCACACCAGGCUAAUUCACUGCACAGAGUCCGUGUCAUAAUAUUUUGCAUGGUUGGCACUUUGAUCUUCUGCGUGUGCAUUCUGGCUGCAGCAUGCUACUUUAUGAAGACAAGAACCAAAGCAAAUGACGUUGAUCAAAGAAUCAUAUUUCACAAUGAGAGAAUAUCCUAUGCUGAGAUAGAUGCAGCAACCAAUUCAUUCUCACCGGCAAAUUUGAUAGGUUCCGGAAGUUUUGGGAACGUGUACGUCGGAAAUCUUCUUCUUAAUGAGAGUUUGGCUACUGUAGCAAUCAAGGUUCUCAAUCUUGCCAGACGAGGAGCUAGUAGAAGCUUCUUGAGAGAGUGCAAUGUGCUAAGGAGGAUUCGACACCGGAAUCUUGUCAAGGUGAUCACUGUAUGCAGUGGUGUGGACCAUAAUGGUGACGAAUUCCAGGCACUUGUCCUGGAAUUUAUUUGCAACGGAAAUCUAGAUGAGUGGCUGCAUCCAAACACAACGACUAAGAGCACUAGGGCCUUUAGAAGGCUAAGUUUAAUGGAAAGGCUAUGCAUUGCUCUUGAUGUUGCAGAGGCUUUGGAGUAUCUUCACCAUCAAAUUGAGCCAUCGAUAGUUCACUGUGAUAUCAAACCAUGCAACAUCCUUCUAGAUGAUGACAUUGUCGCGCAUGUUACCGACUUUGGUCUAGCAAAGAUUAUGCGUACCGAAGAAUGCAAGCAAAGUGGUGGUGGAACUGAAAGUAGCUCAUUUGUGAUUAAAGGCACAAUUGGAUACGUCGCACCAGAGUAUGGCUCGGGAUCUGAAGCCUCCACAGAUGGUGACGUAUAUAGCUACGGUGUGUUGCUAUUGGAAAUAUUUACUGCAAGAAGGCCAACUGACAAUUUCAUAGAUGGUGUGACAAGUCUUGUCAACUAUGUCAAGAUGGCCUAUCCUGAUAAGCUACUGGAAAUAAUGGAUGUUAGGGCAACCUACAGCGGAGACAUGCAAAGUAUCACAGACAUAUUCUUAUAUCCUAUAUUUAAGCUUGGCCUAGCUUGCUGUGUGGAUUCCCCAAGACACAGAAUAAAGAUGAACGACGUAGUCAAGGAAUUGAACACCAUAAAGAAGGCAUGCACAGCUCAUAUGUCUGUCCAUGAAUUUUGAGCAACUACCUAACCCGAGUGAGCAUUGACGUGUUACGAUCAUCUCUACAGCUCUGCAUCCCUGUGGCAUUGUGUUUGUUACUUGUUAGGGGUAAUAACUAAUAAGGGUAGCACCCAAGUGUGAGGGUGAUACCCGUAUGAGGUAGUACCCAGUUAGUGUGUGUUUGGUUACGGACAGUUAUGGUAUUCCGAAUAUUCUAGGUUUGUAUUUUGUCAUGUCAUGUACUUCCUCCGUUCAUUAUUAUAAGAUGUUCUAUUUCCUAAUUUGGAUGUAUAUACACGCAUUUGUGUUUUUGUUCA